AUGGCACGGGCGCAUCAGCAUUUUGAGUUCAUAAACGUGUCACCAAGGGCUCCUGGAAAGCCACAGACAGCUGAACGGAGAAAGAUUCGGAGCCACUGCAUGCGCGGCAGGAAUCGACGAAAUCCUUCAGCAUGGCUGCCCGAGAAUGACAUGUUUCCAGACCACCCCGUUGUAGAACCAAAUGCGUCGUUACCAUCUUCUGAGCAGGAGGGUAGUCAAUUCCCUACCGUAACACGUGUGCAGUCGCCGUUACUUUCCCUCCCCUGCUUGGUCGAUUUUGCUGUCGAAGUUGAUAACGAGUCCUUGAGACUGCUCGCUACUGUUUUCCCUGGCGCUAUGAGCGCCUUUUCCCUCGCUAGGUUUCGCUUACCGUCUCACUUCAAAUCAUCCCAAUGGAGUGAUUGGCUAUUGUCAGAUAGAGCCUACGUGUAUUUCAUUCUUGCCGUAUGCGCAGUUAUUCAAGAAUUCCUUCUGGCAACUCAGCGAUCAAAGCAUACAAUGCUUUGCAUUAGAACGGCCAUCUCUCAGCUCAACAAAACACUCUCGAUCCACAAUACCUCGCUAUCAAACGCCAACAUCGCCAACGUCAUUGCUCUGACCCUUGCGGCUUUAGUGGCAAAUGACCAUCUCUCUAUGUCUAUCCAUGGAAAUGGAUUGCGGCGAAUGGUAUAUCUGCGGGGAGGUUUCGAAAGCUUUCGCGGUAAUCCGCAGAUACUAGUUGUGCUCUCUCGAAUUGAUCUCUGCGUGACACUCAGUUCUGGACAGGGGCCCUAUUUUCCUCGUUCUGACCCGGUUGGCCUUCUUCACGACCUGAUCAAGCCCCAUCCGCAGGCAUGUCUGUCACUUUAUUCACGGCAACCAGUUAUCCAUAUUUUGGACGCACGACUGGUUCCUAUUUUUCUAGACUUACAGUACUUGGCAUGGCGCAUCAAUACGGCGACCAGAGCCCGCUCUGAAGGGAUACAGGAGGACGAGGUCCAUGCUGGCAUCUGUGUGGCGCAGUAUAGACUCUGGCAACUGCAGGGAACGAUGUCUGAUAUCCUCGGGGAAUGUCUGCGUGUUGCAAUGCUCAGCUUUCUCACUACCAUGUUUAGCCUCAUGAACAAACGCAUUGGAUACGACCAUGCGACGAAUCAGUUAAGAGUUCUGUGCUGCGCCAUCGAGGUAUCAACACAACAGCUCCACCCGGUCAUGUUGUGA